GUCGUGACCUUUAGGCAAGAUGGCGGCUGCGGAGACGGCGAGUCGUGUGUGCGAAACGGACGGUUGUUCGAACCCCGCGCGGCUGCAGUGCCCCAAGUGCCUCCAGCUCGGCAUUCCCGGGUCGUUCUUCUGCUCUCAGGACUGCUUUAAGGGCAGCUGGGGUUCACACAAGAAGCUGCACAAAGUCGCGGCCAUCAAGACUGCAGAAAGUGCUGCUGCCCAGUCUCCACAGAAGUACAACCCCUGGCCUGGCUACAGGUUCACUGGCAAAGUACGGCCAUAUCCACUGAGUGCGAAGCGAGAAGUGCCUGACCACAUUCCCCGGCCUGACUAUGCAGACCACACGGAGGGGGUGCCCUCUAGUGAGCUUGCGCUGAAAGGCAGCACACAAAUCCGAGUUCUGUCAGACGAGGAGAUAGAAGGCAUGAGGGUCGCUUGUCGGCUUGGCCGGGAGGUUUUGGAUGCUGCAGCGGCGGCCAUCGCGGUCGGCAUGACGACAGAUGAGAUAGACAGAGUGGUCCAUGAGGCGAGUGUUGACCGGGAGUGCUACCCUUCUCCACUCAACUACUACACAUUUCCCAAGUCAUGCUGCACCUCUGUGAACGAGGUCAUCUGCCACGGCAUUCCUGACCUUCGACCCCUACAGGAUGGCGACAUUGUCAAUGUUGACGUGACUGUGUACCACAGAGGUUUCCAUGGAGAUCUGAACGAGACAUUUUUUGUGGGGAAAGUUGACGAGGCCAGCAGAAAGUUGGUCCGUGUGACGCACGAGUGCCUGACCAAGGCCAUCGAAGCAGUAAAACCAGGAGUGAGGUACCGAGAAGUGGGCAACAUAAUCCAGAAACAUGCGCAGGCCAACGGCUUCUCUGUGUAUCUGCCUUACUGUGGGCACGGCAUCAACCAGUUGUUCCACACGGCUCCCAGUGUUCCACAUUAUGCAAAGAACAAGGCUAUAGGAGUGAUGAAGCCUGGCCACACCUUCACCAUCGAACCGAUGAUCUCGGAGGGAACGUGGCGCGACGACACGUGGCCGGACAACUGGACGGCGGUGACGGUUGACGGGAAGCGGUCAGCGCAGUUCGAGCAGACGCUGCUGGUGACGGAGGUCGGCUGCGAGGUGCUGACCCGGCGCCGCGACAACGACGGGAAACCGCACUUCCUUGACAGUUAGCCGGCCUGGGGCCAGGCUUAGCCGUUACAUGUAGGGCUGUGUACCAGUCCAACAAAAUCUAAAUGUCUGGAAAAAUCAUGUCACCUUUACCCUUUUGUUUUAAACCACGGUUAGCGGGCCACUUCCUGGACGGUUAGCGGGUCUGAAGGGCAGCUGCCAGUUCUGUAGCUCGUUAAGUGGCUUGUUAAGUGGCAAGCCGACACAACCACUGUCACAUAUUCCCAACCACAGAUGUACAACUAUGGUUAGGGCCAUGUUUAGAUAUUUCAGAUGGCAGAUGGACAAGCGUAGUUAAGGCCAUUUUCAGAUAUUUCAAACAACAGAUGUACAACCAUAAUUACAACCGAAUAGCAAAGUUCUUCUUACCACAACCAUUUUAUUUUUCACUAGCCGAUGUUUCAAUGACCGUCUGUCAUCUUCA